AACUUUUUGAUAAUAAAAUUUUAAAGCCAAUUAGCAUUUUUAUGACUUUUAAAUGGCUAUAUCUUUAGUCGUAGCUAUAGCUAAAAAAUAGCUUCCAGUCUCCGAAAAGUGAGUACACGCCAAAAUUAUAAAAUUCAUGGAAGUCGAACCACGCUUUUUGAAAAUUUUCAUUUGAUUUCAGCCUGUUAGCAGACUGGCUUGCGGAUUUCUUAUCUCGUUUAAAAAAAAAUUCAAGGAUACUUAAUUAUCAUGGAGUGUAAUCUAAAGAAGGUGAAGGAGCUGGUAGAGAUCUCGAAAAAGGAAAUGAAGGCCUUGGUGAGGUUGGACAAGGUACUACGCCAGAUCAAAGGUGGCCAUGACUCCUCCGAAAGCUUGGAGACAAAGGUGCUUCUGCCGAUUAGCGAAAUGAUGGAUGAUCUGAUUACCUUGUUGCUACAGCUAGCGGCUUUGCAACCGAAAUGUGACGCAGGUGAUGAGGCUUCCAGGUUUGAGCUAACAAGAGGCUUGGACAGUGUCGUGGUAAAUCUUCAUUCCGUAAAGGAGAGGCUUGAUUGUUGGCGAGAGGAACAGAAUAUUGAGAUGAAUACCAUGAUCGCGGGUAUCAACGAUUCCACUGUUUUUGAAAUCUCAAAUGCGGCACCCACUGCCCAUGGGGUUAAUCCUGAUGGAGACGCUGAACCGGUCGAUGAAAACGCUAAAGACGGCAAUGAGAAUGGUAAAGAAGAUGCCAAGAUGAACGCUGCCGAAGACGCAUAUGAGAAAGCUGAAAAAGAAGACAAUGAGAAGGCUGUACUCGCUGAUGGUAACGCUGAAGAAGACGUUAAAGAAGAUGCUAUCGAAGACGCUAUUGAUGAACCAAUGACCACUUCCUAUUAAGACAAUAUAAAAAUAAUUUUGUUUAUAUGUACUUUUGUAGAUCUACGCCCAGCUUUUGAGGUUACCCACGCAUCGCAAUUGAAAAAUAAAAACGAUCUGGCAGCACCGCAAUGAACAUUCCAUACAUUUUUGCGUUGUCUAUGUUUUAUUCUUGCAUUUUCGAUCGUGUUAAGUAUAUAAAUACAUAUAUAUAUAUAUUCUUGAUCAGGAUUACUGGCUGAGCGGAUUCAGAUGAGCCUGCAAAAAUGUCAAACUAAAUGAAAGAAAUAAACAUGCACAGCCAGUUGAGGUAUGUGCCUUAGUUUCACAUUCUGCCAAUAGAUGGCUGUACAAAAAAUUAUGUGAUGGAACAUUUUAGACUUUUCAUUUUAAAGGUUAUAUACUCUUACUCUGACUGCACGGCAAUAACAAAUAACUGGUAACCUUUAAGUUUAGUUAUAGCUACUGGGUCUUAAGCUAACUAAUGUGUUAAAUUGAUAUGGCUUUAUGACUGAUAUGGCUAUUUAAAUUUCUUGUUUUUGCCGAAUUUAUAUAUGAUGGCACACUUUUGGUUCCCUUAAAGCAUUUG